AUGAGGAAGAUUAAAAAUGAGUUCAUGACUCAAUGGGAUGGGCUUCUGACUGGACCUGGUAAGCGUAUCCUUGUUCUCCCCGCAACCAAUAGAAGACAUGCCCUGAUGAAUAAUGAAAUUAUUUUGGAUGAUAUUUGUGGCAAUAUUGAUGGAUGGAAAUCAAUAUUUGACUUACAAGUUCUUGUUUCAGUGUCAAAAACUAGCCCCGUUGUUCUAUAUCUUAGGGAUGUCGAAAUGCUCCUAUUUAAAUCACAGAGGAUAUAUAACUUGUUUCAAAAAAUGUUGAAGAAAUUAUCUGGUUCACGAAUUAUAGAUUCAAAUAAUGACUACAGAGAAGUGGAUGAGAGGCUUACUACUCUAUUCCCUUACAACAUUGAAAUUAGGCCACCUGAUGAUGAAACUCACCUAGUCAGCUGGAAAACUCAGCUGGAGGAGGAUAUGAAAAGAAUUAAAUUUCAAGAUAACAAAAACCAUAUCAUGGAAGUACUUGCAGCAAAUGAUCUUGACUGUGAUGAUUUGGAUUCGAUCUGCUUGGCAGACACUAAGGUUCUACAGGAGAUUGUAGUAUCUGCAAUUUCAUAUCAUUUGAUGAACAACAAGAAUACUGAGUACAGAAAUGGAAAGCUCAUUAUUUCAUCCAAGAGUUUGUCCCAUGGAUUAAGUCUAUUCCAGCAAGGUAAGUUUGCAGACAAAGAUAAUUUAAAGCUGGAGGUGCAGCUGGAGACACAAGUUGAACAUUCUAAGGUUUAUCGUAGUGAGUUGAGAUCCCAAGGCGUCCUGCAAACUCUUCCAGAAUCGAGAGGUGAAUCCGACACUUCUCUUCCAGCAGCCGAGCACCCAAGUCCCUGUUCCACUCCAGCGGCAGCAACAGUGCAUGAUGUUCCUCCUGACAAUGAAUUUAAGAAGCGCAUAAGGCUAAAGGUCAUAAAGGCAAAUGAGAUUUUCACGACAUUUACCGAUAUUGGUGCCAUGGAAGACAUUAAAGAAUCCCUUCGGGAACUGGUAAUGCUCCCUCUUCGAAGACCAGAUCUCUUUGAGGGAGGCCUCUUAAAGCCUUGUAGAGGAGUAUUAUUAUUUGGGCCUCCUAGGAUUGGGAAGACGAUGCUAGCCAAGGCCAUAGCCAAGGAGGUUGGAGCAAGCUUCAUCAAUGUGUCCAUGUCUACCAUCACUUCUAAAUGGUUUGGAGAGGAUGAAAAGAAAGUACGAGCUUUAUUCACUCUUGCAGCAAAGGUCUCCCCAACUAUUAUUUUUGUAGAUGAAGUUGAUAGCAUGCUUGGGCAGUGGAGUAGAGCAGGGGAGUAUGAAGCCACAAGGAAGAUUAAAAAUGAGUUCAUGACUCAUUGGGAUGGGCUCCUGACUGGACCUGGUGAGCAUAUCCUUGUUCUCGCCACAACCAACAGGCCAUUUGACCUUGAUGAAGCCAUUAUCCGGCGUUUUGAGUGCAAGAUCAUGGUUGGCCUCCCAUCUGCAAAGAACAGAGAAAUGAUCAUGGGAACUCUUUUAUCUAAAGAAAAAGUAUCAGAAGGACUAGACUUCAAGGAGCUUGCAACUAUGACAGAAGGAUUUAGUGGAAGUGAUCUAAAGAACCCGUGCACAACAGCAGCUUAUCGGCCCGUUAGAGAGUUAAUACAGAAAGAGAGACUAAAGGAUCACGAAAGAAAACAGAAAGCUGAGGAAGGGCAGAAUUCAGAGGACGGUUUAGGCACAGUGGAAGGCGGUCAAGAAAAAAGAGUAAUUACCCUAAGGCCUUUAAAUAUGGAAGGCUUCAAGCAAGCAAAGAGUCAGAAUUACUUGGGCAUGUCAGCAUUUGUGCAUAGGAGUGGAGAAGGCUGA